AUGCAAAUCUGGGGAAAGGCGGGCUACCCAACUUUCGAUCUAGCAGGGCUGAGCAACGAACCCGCCAAGCGGGGAGGGCGUGCUGACGGGCUUGAGAUCCUCAGCUCGGGUUUCUUCACUUACCGCGAAGCGGCAGCUAACGCAAAGCAGAAAACCGCAUGGAAGGGGGAAAGCGGAGGACUGUUUUCUGGGAGAUUCGAUUUUUGCGGCUAUCUCAGCAGUGUGAUCGUAUAG